UACUUGACGCAGCUGAAAUUGCAGGAGAGAAAGAGAGAGAGAGAGAGAGAGAGGGGGGUUGAAUUGACAGAGUGACAGAUUUACACAGAGACUCUUCAGAAUAAUCUGUGGCUGGUUGCUGUCAUUCGUUACCGAGUGCUCAACUUAAUGGUGCCGUAUUUCAGCGUCGUUAAAACCCACAGCUCACCGUCCGGAGUCCCACACGCUCCCGUUGUUUUAAAGGGAAUCGGCAGUACGGCUGGUGGUGCUUCACAUUCCUCUGUGAUCAACAGAACAUGGGACUGAACUGAACAGAUCACUGGCAGCACAACGGGACAAAGCUUUGUGAGCAUUUGCUGUUACCAUCCAUAAGGGGAGCGUACCUUCAAACCCCUGGAGACCACACGUGGCUGGUCUACAAUCAACUGAACCACCACCACAGACCUCACCAAACAACCUAUUCAGGAGGAGAUGGAGAACUGACUGAAGACAAACAGGUGACAGAAGGCAGCUCCUCCCACUCGGUCUGCCAGCAGCCAUGGCAGGGCUCAAACGUCACCAUGAUGGGAAGAUUGCCGGGCUGUACGAUCUGGACAAGACGCUGGGACGUGGGCACUUUGCUGUGGUCAGACUGGCCCGGCAUGUAUUCACUGGCGAGAAGGUUGCAGUAAAGGUGAUAGAUAAGACUAAGCUGGACCCAGUGGCGCGGGGUCACCUGUUCCAGGAGGUGCGAUGUAUGAAGAUGGUGCAGCACCCCAAUGUCGUGCGCCUCUAUGAGGUCAUCGACACGGCCACCAAGCUCUACCUCAUCCUGGAGCUGGGAGACGGAGGGGAUAUGUAUGACUGCAUCAUGAAGCAUGACGGAGGCCUCAGUGAAGACGUGGCCAAGUGUUACUUUGCCCAAAUUGUCCACGCCAUCUCCUACUGUCACCAGCUGCACGUGGUGCACAGGGAUCUGAAGCCAGAAAACGUAGUGUUCUUCGAGAAGCAGGGUGUUGUCAAGCUCACUGACUUUGGAUUUAGCAACCGGUUUCACCCCGGGAAAAAACUCACCACCUCCUGCGGCUCACUGGCCUAUUCUGCUCCUGAAAUACUGCUGGGGGAGGAGUAUGACGCUCCCGCUGUGGAUAUCUGGAGUCUGGGGGUGAUCCUGUUCAUGCUGGUUUGUGGUCAGCCCCCCUUCCAGGAGGCUAACGACAGCGAGACUCUUACUAUGAUCAUGGACUGUAAAUACACAGUGCCUCCACACAUCUCCCAUGCAUGCAGAGAUCUAAUAGGACAUAUGCUACAGAGGGAUCCCAAGAAACGAGCAACCCUAGAGGAGAUCGAGGCCCAUGAAUGGAUUCAAGGUGUUGACCCCUCGCCGGCCACCAAGCUGUCCACUCCUCUAGUGUCCCAUCGCAGUGUGUCAGAGGAGGAACAUGGUUCCAUCAUCCAACGCAUGGUGCUGGGGGGCAUUGCUGACCGAGACAGCAUAACUGAGGCUCUGGAGUCAAAUCAGUAUAACCACAUCACAGCUACCUACUUCCUGCUGGCUGAGAGGAUGCUGAGGGAGAGGCAAGAGAAGGAGCAGCACAGCCAGACACAAUCACCCAGCCCCAGCAAGGCCCAGUUCAGGCAGUCCUGGCCCACUAGAGUGGAUGUUCACCAGGAUGUCAGUGAUGGCUUGGGGGGCCCGGCUAUCUCUCACCCCGGGGGCCCACAGUCUCCUGCCCGUAGUGCUGAGAGCCUCCAUAAAGGCCCCAGGCCCAAAACAGCUCUGCCAGACCUCAGCCAGCGGCAGGAGAACCACGCUCAAUCAUCCAGCAGCCAGCAGCAUUCUGCACGACAGAACCAAGAGAGAGGGCUCAGACCUCUACCAAAGCCCCACUCCAACCCCCUCAGACUGGGCUCAAUGGCCUCAGUGGGCCCUUGCAAACCCCGUAGCCCCAGUCUUUUCAGUGUGGAAGAAGAUGAGGAAGAAGAGGGGGAAGAAGACAAAUGUUUGCCCCCCUCUACCCUGCCUACUCAGGUGGUGCUUCGUUGCAAAGCCUCUUCCUCAUCAUCAUCUAUGGCUUCUUCUGGUAAUCGCUUAACAUCACGUAUGAGUGCUCCAGUCUUGAACCAGAUCCAUGAGGAGGAUAAAGAGGAUGAGGAAGAGGAGGAGGGCAGGGAGUUGCAUGGACUUGGUCCACCCAAACCCAGCCUCAGUCUCAAUCUGAAUUCUAGAAUAUCAUCAUCAUCAACACUCAUGUCAUCACCUGAAACUGUAACAGCACCGGUUGCCAUUUUCACCUCCAGCUCAGAGACUAGUGAUGAUGAAACGGAAAGUCACAACAAGCCUGACAUGGCAACCGCAUGUGGACAAGGGGAUGAGAGAGAAGGGAGGAAAGAGGAAAGAGAGAAAAGGGGGUCAGGACAGGGCAGUCCCACUAACUGUACCAGUCCUGGAUCAGGUUCAGGCCAAGGCAAGGGCACAGCCAAAGCUGCCAGCGGCCUGGUGGAAAGCCUGAAGCUGAUGAGCCUGUGCCUGAGCUCACAAUUCCACAACCUGACAGGGGGAGGCGGGGGAGGUGGGGGUGUUGGCAGUGGAGGAGGUAUUGCGGGGGACAACCAAGACCGUCCCAUGUGGAGGAUGUGCAUGGGUGGCUCCACUGGUAGCCUGGACAAGGUCUCGCUCCUGGGUGGCCCUUCACCCAGGGGGAACCUUUACAACCAGCCAGACGUGCUGGUGGACCCACUGCUGGAAGGCCCCUGCCCGGGCACACUGAGGCUGGGAGAGCUGGACCUGGCCAGGGAGAACCACAGGAACAUGAAGAACCGCGUGUUACAGAUGCCACUCAGCGAUAAAACCCUGUCUGUCAACAUCCACCGGAGCACCAAGGAAGGUCUGCUCUGCACCCCCUCCCCUCACAGCUGCUGCCAGGUCAUCUAGAGUGCAGACAGCCUUUCAGUCAGCUGCUGCACCUCCACACUCCUCCACUCACAUUCCACACACUCCACUCCAUUACCUUAUCAUCUCACUUUUGGUAGGUUAUACUGGCACCACCUGCUCAUGAGUUCAUAUUAGUUAUACAUUUAUUGGUGUUUCCUGUACUUUGGGAGAAAGUCCAAAUGCCAAACCUGCACAUUUAGAAACACAAAAGGUCUCCGUGGAGGGGACUGGGUGUCUUGCCAAGUAUGUAAAGCACUUUGUGCAGAUCAAACUGAACACUAAGGGACAUUUUAACCAGCUGGUGUAAGAGACAAUAAGUAAGGAAACAGAUAGAGGAAGUGCUCACCUCCCAGCUCUUACACUCCUGUAUAUACACACCAACAUCACUCUUAACAAGCUGGCAAAAGCGAAAGCUGAUGAGUUGUAGUGUCAUGUUACAUAUAAUCUUUUUGUUGCACUUUGAUGUUGUUUUUUAAAUAUUAUUUUUUAAAUUAUUUUCUGAGACAAUCAUUUUAUCAUUUUUUUUAUUCUGACUGAAAGUUACAUUAUGACUGUUCAUUCAAAUAAUAAAUAACAGGGUGACAAUGGACAGCAGCACUUGAGUAUGAAGGUGGCACACAGUAUUCUAUAGUCUAUCACUGUUUUAUUUUUCUAUUUCGAACGUGCUUUGCAGAGAAGGAAACGCACACUCACUUCUCAAGUCUGCAGUUAAAUGGCAGAGUUGUACAUAUGUGAAUAACCUUCUAGCAGUACACUGUACCUGUAGUAUAGACAGUAAAGUUGUAUAACAGUAGAACCCUGAAUACUAGAUCCUUUUCCACCAUUAUUCUUAACUCCUACUGGAUAUUCAAGGUUUUGGUUGAAGCCAGAACUCAAAACGUAUUUGAUGGUUGAAUUGAUUUAAAAUCUCCACUGAAAGCAAACUGGGUACAUUCUAUACAUGUAAUGGCAGCUCUUCAAGUCACAAUGAUCCUCCAAUCCUGAUUUUGUGAUAGGAAAAAUAAGAAAACACUGGGUGGAACCUAAACCUUGUACAUCCUGUAGCUUUCCAGGAUCACAGUAGCCGCUGUUGUAGCGUACUCCGAGACAAAACCAACAAAGGGGUCUCAAUAGAAGAUUACAACACUGCCCCUUCAAGUGUCCAUCUGUGUAACUGGAUGUGUGACCCACCCCUAGUGGAAUAUAUAAUCUGACAGUGCAUGCGUUUUGCUGUAGCAACCUUAACCUUGACCCACUGGCAUCAAACCAUCUGCUGUAUCUACCUAAGUAACAAAUUCAAAUGGUCACUUUACUGUAGCCUCACAGCAAUACCAGCGACAGAAAAAUGUACAACAGAAAUGGAUGUGCCAUAAAAUCUGUCUUGAGCAUAUUGUACUGUAUGUAUAUGAUAGAGAUCUAUUACAAUAAAAUUGUGUGAAUGUAGUCUGAACUGUGUUUGUGAUGUGCACCUCAGUUUUCCUGUACCAGUCCACUGUGCACAGGCUUAGAGAC